AUGCUGAGCGCAGUUGCAGCGCGUAAAGCGCGCCUCGCCCAGACUCAAGGACAGGCACCCGCAGAGGCACCCGUCUCGCCUGCUACGCCUGCCAGUGCGCCUUCUAAGCCGAAGUCCCAAAAGGCUACCCCCGCGAAGCCCUCCUCAGCUUCACAAAAGCCUCCUUCAAAGCGCAAACCGAGCGCGCCCGCAGGAAACCCUCCUAAACGGAAGAAAACCCAGGAGCGCAAACCCGCUCCCGCCGCGAAGGGGCGGUAUUUCGCGCAGGACGCGUUCAGCGCGCAGGACGAUGUCAUCGUCGUCGACGAGAGCGACGGCGAGUCGUCUGCCACGUCGUCCAGCGCUGCCUCUGACAGCGAGGACGUCCCGCGUGCAAUGCGCGCGUCUGGCGGGAAGCGGGCGUGGUCUCCGAGCGUGCCCUUGGCCGACUCCUCAGACGAGGACGGAGAGGAGGCAGACGAGCAGGUAAUCCUAGACAUCCAAACUCCUGCUCGAAGCACGCUCGCACAAGAUGCUCCGAAGGUGCUAUCGACGUUCCAGCCCGUACUCGACCAAAAUGUCUUUCGACUACCGGCGACCGACCUCUCCUCUCGGAAACGCACUGUCCUGCUACUGAAUGCCUCGGAAACCGUCGCCCUUCUCGGGGCAUACACCCUCACUGUUUUGCGGGGAACUGUUUCGCUCGCCGGCGUCCCGCUCGCGCCGUCGUCGACCGCACACCCUGUCUUUGCACCCCGCUCGUCUCCCCUACCCAUCAUCCAAUGUCUCCCACAGCGCUCUUCCGAGUCCAACAUUCCUGCCACAUCAGACCUACCAGCAUCCGUCUCUGCUGCAGCAUCUGGGGCAGACACCGUGGUCGUACUGCAAGAGCUGCACACAGGCAUCGAGGGACUGGGCCGAAUCUGCAGGACGUUCGACGGGUUCUUUGCACCUUCGCGCUGGCAUCGUAACCAGUUGCGGUUCGACUUGGGCCUCGAAAAUGUGUACUUCCUGCCCUCCCAGACGCCUGACACUCUCCCGCUCCUCAUUCCUCCAACAUGGGCUGCUGCUACCGACGUAGUGCUACCUUCUGAAGGUGAGGACUCUGCAGCCCAACGACAAGUGUACCUGGUCAAAGGCCCAAAGAAUGUCGGGAAGAGCACUCUCGCGAGGCUUUUACUCAACAAGUUACUUUCAAAGUACCGCCGCGUGGCAUAUCUUGAGUGCGACCUUGGCCAGUCGGAGUUCGCACCAGGUGGCCAGGUCAGUCUCAACGUGCUCGAGCAGCCUGUUUUCGGUCCACCGUUCACCCACCCCAGCAUCCCUUUCGCAUCCCACUAUAUUGGUGCGACAUCACCGCGGACGUCUCCCUCGCACUACCUCGACUCAAUCCAAGCGCUCAUGCAGCAGUAUGAGAUCGACGUACGGAAUGUAGUGCUCGACGAAUACAGCCCCGACGACGAAGACGGCCGCAUAUAUUCUUCGAUCCCGCUUGUUGUGAACACCAUGGGUUGGACAAAAGGCCUGGGUGCGGACCUCGCGCGUAAAGUCGAGGACAUCAUCGAGCCGUCCAACAUUUUCGCCUUCACGUCUCCAUCCGCUGAAGAUGAUCUGGCCUAUGGCGGCGGCGGCGGCGCUGUGCCAUCUUCAGCUCACGCACCUGGUCCUCACUACUACCACGUAGAGAACGUCUCUUCAGAUAGCGUCCUCGCUCACUACACCGCAGCAGACCACCGCAACCUCGCCAUCCUCUCCUACUUCCACGCCGUCUUCCCACAAGAGCGCCCCGCGUCUCCCUACGCGUCUCCCGCCGCCACAGCAUGGAACACCACGCUCCCGCUCUGCGCCCAGCCGCCAUACGAAGUGGACUGGCAGACCGCCUUCGACGAGCUGAUCCUCACCGGCGCCGGCUCCGAAGACGUCAUCCCCUCCGAAGCCCCCAAAGCGCUCAACUGCGCAAUCGUCGCGCUCGUCUCCUGCGAGCCUGGAACUCGCGAGGUCGAAGCUCCCACCGAGCCCAUCGCCCCACUCCUCCCCUACACCCAGGGCGCCGCCCCACCUCUCCCCAGCACCUCCCGCUGCCUCGGCCUCGCGCUUGUCCGCGCACUCACCCCCUUCUCUCACACACGCCUACAACUGCUCACGCCUGUGCCCGCGCACCACCUCGCCGCGGCACGUGUACUCGUGAUGGGCGAGCUGCAGCUGCCCGUGUGGGGCAUGCUCGACUUCCGCACGCUCGACGGUGCGUGCGAGAUCGCGGGUUACGAGCGAGGACGGGUGCCGUUCCUCCGCUGGGGAAAGGGUGAGGGCGCUGGUGGGGAGCGCAGGAGGGUGCGUAGGAACUUAAUGCGGAAGGGACAGAUGUAA